GAUUGUUUUGUUUUCGCAAACUUUGGCGAGUUUAAUGUGUCACCUGUUUGAUGUCUAGAAAUUGAGUGUUGAGGUUGGAGAUUUUAUUCUGUAUCAAGUUGGUUCCAGCUAAUAAAUGUGUUAAAAGUUGUUUGUAAACGUUUACUUGAAAUCUAAGAGCUUUUUGAUUAGAAUUUGGGAUUUGAAGUAAAAACUGUGCUAAUGAAGUAAUUAACCCGUGUGUUUGUAAAUAUGGUAACAGGUUUUUCCAAAGUGAAGACGUAGAAGUGAUGGUAUUUAGAAUUAAGAACCUGCAUACCAAGUAUGCUUAAAAAGUAGUGCAUUAACAGAGGAAUGUACAAUGCCACAAAAUGAUUAUUGGCUUAUGAUUUUCCUGGUGGACCAUAACACGAAACAUUGCAAACAUGUACUGGACGGUGUACUUGGAGGGAGGCCCCAAGCGUGUGAACCACGCAGCGGUUGUGGUCAGGGAUAAGAUCUACUCGUUCGGCGGCUACUGCACGGGCGACGACUACCGUGCGUUCAGGCCCAUCGACAUCCACAUCCUGAACACGGAAAAUUACAGGUGGAGGGUUUUGCCAGCUCCUAAUCGAAAUGACCCACAGCUCAAGCACACCCCAUUUCUACGAUACGGCCACACGGCAGUUGCGUACGGGGAAAAAAUUUACGUCUGGGGUGGAAGGAACGACGAAGAGUCGUGCAACAAAUUGUUCUGCUUCGACACAGCUGUGCUCAAGUGGGUGAGCGUCAGCGCGAGGGGCGACACCCCGGGGGCCCGCGAUGGACACUCGGCCUGCGUCAUUGACCACUGCAUGUACGUGUUCGGCGGUUUCGUCGAGAACAUCGAGAGGUUCUCCCAGGAUGUGCACGCGCUGAAUCUCCAGACCUUCAAUUGGACUCUUGUCCAGACACGGGGCGAGCCGCCGCUGUACCGGGACUUCCACACGGCGACUGCGAUCGGGCACCUGAUGUACAUAUUCGGGGGACGCGGCGACCAGAACGAGCCGAUGGUGGACCACCCCGACGAGGUGUACUGCAACAAGAUCAUGUACUUCGACACGAGGACGAGCCGCUGGCACUGCCCCAAGACGACGGGCGAGGUGCCGGUGGGACGCCGCAGUCACUCAGCGUUUACAUUUGGAAACUACUUGUACAUAUUUGGCGGUUUUAAUGGAAUACGGUGCGAGCACUUCAACGACAUCUACAGAUUUUCACCAGAGACGAACGAGUGGAACGCGGUCCACACGUUCGGGAAGCCCCCGAGCAAGCGGCGACGCCAGUCGUGCAUCGUGGUGGGGCACCGCAUGUUCCUGUUCGGGGGCACCAGCCCCAUCUCGCCCAACUACACGGACGUCUACUACAACCACGCGGGCGGGUUUGACGACAUGGACACCGCAGACUCCAAGCUCAUGGACCACAGCGACAUGUACGUGCUGGAUUUCGCCCCAACGCUGUUCAUGCUGUGCCUUUUGACGGUACUCGAAAACAACCUGGACACAAGCACGCUGCCCGACAUCAUCAAGUGGGAGAUCCGAGCCAUGACAACCAACAACUCCAUCACUCAGGUGGAUCAGUGCAGUAGUAGUGUGUGAAGAGCUGAUCGAACUCUCAAAAUGGAUCAAGCUAAAUGUUUAAAGUUGUUACGUGGAAUUUUUUUCUUGCCAUCUGGUAUUUAUUAAUUAUCUGCAGCUUCUUUUACAGGUUCUGCAAGGGAAGUUUUUGCUUGUUAACAUAGGCCUUACCGUCAUGUAAGUUUUCGCGAAGGCGUAUGAUUUUAACAGACAUUAAUAUUUUUUAAGUUAACCGGGGGAAAAAUUGGCAGGGGGGUGUAAAUCAAGAAUGAAAAAGGUUGUAAAUCUUGGUCAUUGAACAUGAUUGUAGGCUGUACAGACUUUCUCCUCAUUCAUUAGUUUCUGCUGUAGUGUAACUUUGCUUAAAAUAUUCCUUUUUAUUUGUGAAAGUUGCUAUCAUUUUGAAAGCUCUCGUUUGUACAUAGGCAUUGUUUUCACAUUGUUAAAAUAUGAUCAAAUUGUAAAAUAACUAAGCUUGUUAGAAAUUUUAAGUGAAUCUGUUAUUUCGCAAUCCUAUAGUUUUUUUUUAUGAUGGCUCUAAUGUUUAUUGUUUUAUGGUAAAUGAAAUAACUUAAAAUAUUUUCAACUACUUGGUGCAAAUACAUCAGAAGCAAUGUUAACUAGGGCGUAUUUGCUUAAACGAAAAUGUGAAAAAUUUUCCUUUUCUAUUUUAUCCAAGUUCCAAAUGGUUUAGCUCAUGGUAAUUCAAUACUUGGAAAUCCAAAUUAGAAUUAUGAUUAUGAUCAGUGAUGGGUCAGUCCUGGUUCUCAGCAAACUAAUCAGCACCGAGAAAUGUAAGUAUAAUGUCGGUACAGGUACCAUAAAAAUAUCAAUAGACUCCGGUAAAACGCAGCAAUAUUUCGCCGGCAACCAGGCGACACCAACACAGAGCAGUCUCCCCUCCCCUCUGCGCUUUUCGCUCUUCCGUCCAGAUGGAAAGAUAAUACCACACCGGCAGGAAGUAUCCAAAUGUAUAAACAUAAUUCUUUGUGCUGAGUCCCGAACCUUUUUAUGUCCCUGCUUUCAUUAGGCGACAGGGAUGAUCAUUUUAACUAAAAGUAGACCUAUAGAAAAAUAACACAGCACAAUAUCAAUUUAGAAAUUAUCAAAAAAUAAACUACCAUGAUACAGAGUUACUAUAACUGUAGGAAUUACCUACGACAUUUGUAGCUUUACAUCACUUAUAACUGGAGACCCGGAAAUAUCGCAAUUCAUGAAUUUCUGAAAAAUCACCAAACACUAUUAAACAGUAAGGAAGUUAAAUAAGAGUUAAAGGGUAUUUUGACUUACCAUUCACUUGCAAACUUAUUUGUAAAUUAUUUUAAUCCAGAAUUUUUGUGUGUGUUCACGAAUAUCUAGAAAUUUUUAGUUAUUUUUUUUUUCCCCCCUUAAUCAUAAAACAAAUACCAGGUAGGUGUGAAUUCACAAUAACAAUGGUACGCUGAGCCAUGAGCUGGUAUGUCGUAUGUGAUGGCUGAUUGUUACCGUAGUGCUGGAGUGGCAAGUAGGAUGCAGAUAUUAUGUAUAUAUUUAUCUCAGUUUCAGACAACUAGCACUAGAAAAAUUAUAUAUCUUGUUCAAUUUGUUUGUUAUUAAACCUGUUGGCUUAUCAAAAAACAUUUUUAAAGGGCACACUAUCUUUGGUGUGACUAAAAAUUGUGUGGAUGUUAACCUAAAACUGAGAACCGGGAACCGCUAUUUAAGAACCAGAACCAAACCAUGAAAAAAGUAGAGCCAACACAGCAUUAAUCAUGAUAAAUUAAGAGCUACAGUGGCACACAGUUUUGUAUGUUUUUUGUAAUCUAUAUAGUUGACAUUUUCUUCUGUAGCUGCCUUGCAUGUUGGGUUAGUAAUAUUUUACAAGUAAGACAGUCAUAGUCACGAAUGAACAGGAUUGGUCCUUGUUUUUCCUUCUGAGAUUGUUUUACUUUUCAGCAUUAGAGCUGUUACUGAGAACCAAAACUUAUUUCAGGAUAGGCAGAGGCAGUAUUUACUGCUAGAGAAUUCACUAUAAUUUAAAAAAAAUUGAUACUGUUUCACCAGUUAUAACCAAACUUAUUGUUAAUAUCAAAUUUCUGCAGGCAGAUUUAGAAAAAAUAAUUCAGUAUAUUAAUGUAAUGUAAUAUUAAGAAAUUCCGGUAUCAUAACUAUGACAAAAUGUGAAGUGAAAAAGUAGUACUUUUUUGAUUCUUUAAAAGAAACAUGUGAAAAUAAUAAAUAAGCCUUAAAAUUUUUUGGUGAAUAGCAGCCUAGUAACAAAGUUGAAUAAAUAUGUAAAACAAUCCUAAAAUAUUGGCAAAGUUUUCUAAUCAGUAAAGAUGCCUUUGUCUACAGGUUUUGAGUUUAAAGUUAUUAUGCUAAUAAAAUGUGUCUUGAUUGCUGUAUAUAAACCACAGCUGUUGCUGAAAAGGAUAUGUGCACUCAUCACAAUUCACUUUUGAAAGCUGUAAAAAUGAAAUCAACUCACCUGUACUCUGUUUGUAUAUUUUCAUUGACAAUAAAACAGAAUGAUAAAAAGAA